CAAAUGUGUCGACAAAACACAGAAACAACGUGUCCGUUUCGACGUAGUAUUACAAUUUUUUACAAAAAUAUACACUUUACUGACGCGAUUGGUGACUGGAAUAGUAUUUAGUUUUCUUAAUUUUACAACCCCCCUCUUUAGAGCCAACAUGGUAGCGGCGUAAGGUCUUCUUCCUGUCAACGCCGCACGCGUGUGGGUGAACGCCACAUUGUAGUCCUCGCUUUUUAUUAUUAUAAUGGAAUUAAGUCAGCAAGUACCGCGCAAAAGUUUUAUAUGUUCAUUCUCUGACUGUCAUGCAUCGUACAACAAAGCAUGGAAACUAGAUGCUCAUAUUUGCAAGCACACAGGGCUGAAACCAUUUGUGUGUGAACAUGACGGCUGUGACAAGUCAUUCUGCGACAAGUACCACCUUGCUCGGCACCAGUUGAGCCACAGUGGAGAGAGACCCUUUAGAUGUACAGUAGAUGGAUGCACAGAGGCCUUCACCACAAAUUACAAUUUGAAGAAACAUGUUAAUCGCAAACACAACCAUGAUGAGGAGAAACUGUAUGAAUAUGUGUGUAGCUUUGAGGGAUGUGGGAAAGUGUUCAGGAAGAACAAUCAGCUCAAGUCACAUGAGUGCCAGCAGCACACCAAACUACCUCCCUUUCAGCUUUAUAGCUGUACCUUUGAGGGCUGCGAGAAACAAUUCACUUUCCCCAACAAACUACGGCUUCACGAGAAGGUGCACAGAGGCUACCCCUGUGAAAAAGAUGGCUGUUCUUUCAUCGGAAAGACCUGGACUGAGUAUACUAACCAUAGGAGAGACGUACACAGAGCCCUUUUUCAGUGUAAUGAGUGCAACAAGGUGUUUCGUGACACCUGGUUCCUGAAGCAGCACCAGCGUGUCCACGCAGAGGAGCGCCAGGUGUUUAUCUGUCCCAGGGAGGGGUGCCAGAGGUCCUUCACUACGCCAUUCAACCUGCAAAGCCACAUCGGCUCUUUCCAUGAGGAGCUACGGCCUUACACCUGCCCCCAUGAAGACUGUGGAAAGACCUUUGCCAUGAAGCAAAGCUUACAACGCCACAGUGUUGUCCACGAUCCAGAAAGGAAGAAACAGAAGAAACCCCGACCCAAGCGAUCCCUGGUUUCCAGACUGAGUGGUUACAAGCCCAAGAAUAACAGUCGUCCAAAGCCCCAUGCAGCUUUGCAAUCAGAAUCCAUUGCAAGGGAUGGACACAGGAUGCAUAUGGCAGCUCUUCCAUAUUGGAUGACUUUGGGUUUGGAAAGAAUUCCCGUCAGCACCUCUGUUGCACUAUCUGCUCCAGGGUUGUGUCCUGCCGUCAAAACCAUAAAAGUAUGGAAUGCGUUUGGGUCUUUGCGUGUCAUAAAAGAUACAUGUCAAAUAACACUUUGACGCAUUAAAUAAGAUUUUAAUUUGACACGUCAAUUAACUAAAUUCUAUUAUUUGCACGUGCAAGCCAAGCUCCACCACUACUAUCAGUAGCACUGUCAAAGUUGUACAAAAAGAGUCUGCAACCAAGCACACGCAGGCCUGAUACCCCAUGCCAUUGAUCCACAAUCCACAGUGAAAUAAGUAUAACUCCAAUGCAAGUCGAAUACAUCCAGUGUGAUUUCAAAAGAUUUGUCAAAUUAUUGUAUUUUGUUGAUUUUAUAUAACAUUCCAACCUCGUGCAUAAUGAUCUAUUCAAUUAUGGCAUAAUUAUACAAGUUGUAUUCAUUUGCGUCACUGUCAAUAACAUACUUUAAUUUUGAAGGCUAACCGCAAAGUUCACUAUUGUGGCUAAUCCUUAUUGUGGCUAGCUUCACAGGUGGGUCUCGACGACCAUUAAUCAAUAAGAACAGUUUUAUAAAUUAGGGUUAUUUUCGAUGACACCUAGCUAUAGAUACUGAAACAGAUGUCGUUUUGCUAUGUUUUUGGGGAAGAACAUUGUUUGCGUCAUCAGCUAGCUAGCUUUUCUUUAUGACCAGCACUGUAGGUGCGCGAGACAACUUUACCAGCAUCAGAGCAUACGUAUUGAUGAACCGUUGUGACAUAUCAAACACAAUUGAGAGUGUAAUGGAUGUGUAAUAACUACAUACAAAAUUAAUGAACGUGUUAAAUUGUGUGACGUGCAGUCAUAUUCAGGUCCUGAUUGGUCAACAAGCUUAUUUGACAUGUUAAAUAGUGUUAUUUGACGCAUCUUUUUUGACACGCGAAGACCCAAACAGCGUUCCAUAUAGAAAUACAACAUUAACAUUUGGCUUAUUCCGCAUUUGCACAUCUCAGGAAAAUCAACAUGGAGUCCUUGUACAGACAAUAGGGCACACUCCUUUUUCUGUCCACAAGAAUACAUUUUUAUUUAUUUAUGCAUGUCUGAGCCUAGUUUGUUUCUAACGAGUCUCUGUUCUGCCAAAGGAAAGUUGUUGUACAUAUACAGAAUUGAAUGUGUAUUUUUGCAAUAAAAAGAGACUUAAAACCA